AUGCUGUAUUUCGAAGAUUUUAUGGAAGCUGUAGAAAAUCUUCCCGACGAGCUGAAAGAAAGCCUCGCGACUGUUCGUCAAUUGGAUCUCUCCGUUCUAACUAUCAUGGAACCUUUAAAAGAAACCACCAAGACAUUUUUUGAAGAUAAUAAAUGUGGUCGUCUAUCUGAAUCGCAGAAAGCUGCUCAACGUGCUGAAAUCAUGGCGGAAUAUGAUAAGGCCUUGUCAUAUUGUAAGGAAAAAAGAGGAAUCGUAGAAAAAAUAUUUUGCACGUACAAGAAAUUGGUCCGCAAGUUGGAUGCUGAAUUGGAAAAAUUUCGUCUUGAAUUGGAAGCAGACAACUCUGGGGUAACAGAACAAAUUGAAAAGAGAGUCCUCGGCAAGUCACCGUGCGCUAUCAUCAAGCCGGAAAUCCGUCGUCGGAUCGUGGGUCAGGCUUGUCGCACUGUCCUCAAAUCGCCAGUCGGCCGCUCAGUUCAUUCCGCUAACCAAGCCCAACGGAUGGCCGGGCGCACUCAUGGUCGCGUGGGCGGAACAAGUAUUUCGCAGUUGCGUGCUUCUGAUGCUUGGCGCUUGCCCACUGGAAAUGCUCUGAGAAACUCAGCCGAAGCUCAAACCGGUUCUGUUGGAUCCACCGAUGAGCUUUGCUUCCCCCGACGAAUCAAAACCGACUAUUUCCCGGAUCCGGAUCCAUACGGGACCGAUUCUAACUAUGACACCAAACCCAUCAGUCUGAAUCUAUUCCCUCCGAGCUCCACGAUAAAAUCCACUCAGGACGGAAGCGAAUAUAACGAGUCCGGUUUUAGUCAUGACAUAACCAUGUUAGCAACUAAAAGUUCCCCGUUUUAUGGGCUGGGGGCCAACAGCGAAGCUGGCUCCUCAACUUCAGACAAACCCACAACUCCCAUGAGUGGUAGUCGCGGAUCGAGACAAGGUCAUUCGAAUGUCCUCCCCCAUACAUCCGAUCUCUCUGACAGUGGGAUUCCCUCGGGUCGUAGUGCGUCCACAAGCACUGUUGACUCUCGCCUCAGCGGAAUCCCGAGUCCCGUGAGUUGGCCGCCCACGAGCUCCUCACGAGAUCGCCGCUCUCGAGGGUCUCGCCGGAUGGGGCGUGACGCUCUGUUUGACGAACUGGUAGCCCCCGAUAGCUUGCAGUCCUCCGCUGAGACUGCCGGUUUCGAAGACGGCACCGCCUCCGGGGGGAUGAUGACACCCACCGAUAGUGUAUUUGAACCCGGCUCCUUCGGUUUCGUCCCUGACAUGAAGUUGGAACCCGUUUCGUCCACUCUGGGCGACGAAGGGGAGGAGGAAGACGAGGAUCAGAAGCGUUAUUGCAUUUGCAACGACGUUAGCUACGGUGAUAUGAUUGCAUGCGACAAUCCAAACUGCUCAAUCGAGUGGUUUCAUUAUGGUUGCGUCAAUCUCACAGUAGCACCCAAAGGCAAUUGGUUUUGCCCAAGUUGUAUCAAAUCCUAUUCGGGUAUCAAAGGGAUGAAGAAACGGAUGACACGGAAGUGA